AAUUGCAACCCGGUGAGUGAUGGUUAAAAACUUUAGAUUCUUGAGCUGAAGCAUGAGCUGCUUUCAAUUUUCAAUGUCUAAAUUCUUGAAUCCAUUCCUCUGAACAAAACCAUGAAUCAAAGAAAUUCUUCUUCUAUUAAUCCCAUCGAUCACUUGCCACUCCAACUCCACCGAUCCGACGUCGUUCCACCGUCACCUUCCCCUUCUUCCGCCAUCGAUUUCCUCCCCGAUUUCGCCGGAUACUCAUGGAUCGCUUACGCUGCUUCCUCUCUCCUUUCCAUCACUCACUUCCCUUCUCCUCUCUCUCACAAACAGACUCGCAUCGGUUCCAUUUUCCGCCAACUCUUCGAGCUCUCCGGCGACCCUUCUUCCUUUGUCUCCGCCGUCUCAUGGUGCCCCCGGACCCCUUCCUCCGGUGAACUCGCUGCUUCAGCUCAAAAUUGCAUCUGGGUCUUUCACCAUCGAUCUGCUACAUCAAAGGGUUCUUUUUGUUGGAGCCAGAAUGCAGUGCUUGUACAACAAACGAAGGUGGAGGCCAUCAAAUGGACAGAAUCAGGGGAUGGAAUAGUUUCUGGCGGAAGCGAGGUGGUUUUCUGGAAAGAGAGUAAUAAGCGUUGGGAAAUAGCUUGGAAGUUCAAAGUGGAUCAACCUCAAACUCUUGUUUGCACAACCUGGUCUAUUGAGGGCCCUUCGGCAACCACGGCACAUCAUGGUAAAGAACAAGUUGAGGGGUCAUUAGCAAAUCAGGCAAGCAAAUGUGUGUUGGUAAUUCAAAACAAUGGACAAUCUGAAUAUUCAACAGCCAACCUACGGCAUCCUCUACCUGUCGUAAUGAUUCAGUGGAGACCGUCAAGAAGAAGGCUAUCAAACGGAUAUGAGGGGCAUUCAGUUAGGCAUGUAUUAUUGACCUGCUGCUUAGAUGGAACUGCAAGGCUAUGGAGCGAGAUUGAUCAUGGGAAGGCUAGAAGGAAUGCGAAGGAUACCAAUGAUCUAAAGAUCACGGAGCGCUCUUUUUGUGUUGUUGGUGUAAUUGAGAUUAAUCAAGCCUUGAAUGGAACCCUAGGUUCAAAUAUAUUUGUAUCAUGGGGAAGAGAAAUGGAGGGAAUAUUUAAAAUCGGUGAAGGAGUGAAGCAAGAUUUCUCCAAAGAAAGAUUCAAGGAUGAUGUUAGAAAUUGUGAAUGGCUAAUAGGUUUUGGUCCUGGAAUGUUGCUAAGCUUUUGGGCUGUCCACUGUCUUGAUGACAUUUCACCACUUAGAUUUCCUCGAAUUACAUUAUGGAGGAAACAGGAAUUCCAGGCCAAUGACAUAGGAAGCACACAUAAGUUUGGUUCAUCUGAUUUUAAUAAUGCAUUACUUCUGCAUAAAGUCAGUAUAUUGAGGAACUGCUUGUCUGGUCCACCUAUAGUCUGCUCUCCACUCCAGUUAUUACAUUGCAAUUCUUUAGUUUGGUCAUAUUUGCGUAUUCAAGCAAUAGACGAUACUGUUGAGACCUCCCUUGAUAAAGCCAAAACAGAUUACAUCUCCAAUUUGAGUGGUGGAGUUUUAAACUUAGAUGGUCACAGUGGGAAAAUUUUAAAGGUUUCAAUUCAUCCUCAUAUAUGCGAAGUUCAAUUUGCUGCUUCUCUUGAUAAGAAUGGGCUGAUUCUUUUUUGGUCACUUUCUAACAUUUCAAACUGCAUUUUGAAAUGUCCAACUUUGGUUCCUUCUUGGGAACUUUGUGGGAAGCUUGUAACUCAAGGCUCAUGCUCCAAGUAUACAAGUUUGAGGUGGGCACCUUCAGUACUUAAUGACAACCUGGUUUUAUUUAUGGGACAUGCCAGGGGGGUUGAUUGCUUCAUAGUCAAUAUUUGUCGAACUGAAGAAGAAAAUGUAGAAUGCCACUACUUAUGCACUAUUCCUUUUAAUGGUCAUGGUCCUUUUAAACAUGGCCCAUCUGAUAUAUUUGCAAUUCCUUUGAACUCGACUUGUAAUAAAACGUUUCAUAAUGAUAAAAUUAUGCUAUUGGCAAUUUGGAUAGGGAGAUUCCAGGCCCUAUCAUGGGAAGUUAACUUACACUCAUUCGAUAUGUCAACAAGCUGUUGUGAAUGUGGUAUUGAUGCUAAAAUCCCCGAUAAUGGUGAUAUUUGGGCAUUUGAAAGUACAUUUGCUAAUAAAAGAUAUUUCAUUGCUGUAAAUCCUUGUUCUUCUGAGUAUCCAACACCUGAUGAUCUAGUUACCAGCUUUGCUGUGGUUGAUGCAGUCACUCUAAGCCACAGACAGCAGGAGUUAGGCUUUGCAGAUGAUCUAUGUAGUGGUUAUCCUGCUUCUAUUAUGGCCACGGGUUGUUCCAAUGGUAGCUUGAAACUUUGGAGAAGUAACUGUGGCAACCGAUCAGCUCUGCACUUGCCAUGGGAGCUUGUGGGUAUGUUUACUGCACAUGAUGGUCCGGUCAAUUAUAUAUGUUUCACUGAUUGUGGUCAGAAGAUAGCUACUUGCUGCAACAGAAGUGAUUCAAAUGGCGUCAAUACCAUUCAUAUAUGGGAUGCUGUAAACCUGAUCAGUGAAGGGACUUUUAUUUUGGAAGACAGGCUAACUUUUGAAAGUAAUAUUUGUAGUCUAAAUUGGUUAACUUUAGGUACUGGUCAGUUGCUGCUUGGAGUUUGCUUGGAAAAUGAAUUACAAGUUUUUGCGCAGAGGCGUUUUGAUGGUAUGACUUUGUCAAACUCUGUAAAGUUUCCGAAGAUUAAUAUAUGGAUUAAUAUUGCAUUUGCUCAGACUUCCCUUCCAAUUCGCGAUUUCUUGUGGGGUCCCAGAGCUACAGCAGUGGUAGUUCAUGAAAAUUACUUUAGUAUAUUCAGUCACUGGUUGUUUCAAGAGGAUAGAAAACAAGGGAGUAAUUUUCAUUUCCGUGAUUCCAAGCCAAAUGCCGCAAAUUGCAAGGGUGAAAUAUAUGAAGACGGACCUACAGUUCUUACCGAUUGUGACUCCAUGCAGUCCUCCAAUAUUAAUAUGAGGGAUGAUGACCGAUCAAGUAGCUUAUGUCUGGCCAAGAAGCAAUUGAAGUCUGAAAUUUGCAUGAACAUUGGCUUAUGGAGCAUCUUAGAAGUAGCUGAGACAAUUAGUAGGCCUUUGCCUACAUAUCACCCCAAUAUUCUCCUCACUAAUAUAAGUUCAGGAAAUUGGAAACGUGCUUAUGUAGCUGUGAAACAUUUUGUUGAAUAUUUGACUUCUAAUAAUGAUCCUAAAAUAAGGUUCGUCUCCAAAAAUAAGGGUCUUCCAGAGAUGAGUUUGUCAUACUAUCUAGAAGGAAGCCUGUCAGAAGGUUCCCAAGACAGGAGAUUCCAAUGGAGUGGAGAUAUUGCGUCAAUCACGUCAACUUCUCACAUGGAAAGUAGCAUUUCUACCUCAACAAAGUCUGAGCUUAAUGGCUUUGUUGAAUCCAUUGAGAAUUUGCCCAAGUUAUUGCAUUUGACCAAUGUAGAGAAGUCAGAGAUUCUUGCAAUCAUUGAUUUGCUUGGCGAAGUUAGUAGUCCACACUUGUCUUCUGCAUACCAAAGUCUUGAUGAACCUGGCAGGAGGUUCUGGGUUGCGUUGAGGUUUCAGCAACUGUUUUUUCACCGAAAGUUUGCUAGAGCUGCGUCUUUCGAAGAAUUGAAUGUUAGUUCAAGGUUGUUUGUGUGGGCUUACCACUCUGAUUCCCUAGAAAAUUUAUUUGGUUCUGUCAUACCCAGUGAACCAUCAUGGCAAGAAAUCCGUGCUUUGGGUAUGGGCUUUUGGUAUGCUAGCGUACCUCAAUUACGUGCAAGGAUGGAGAAAUUGGCAAGAGCUCAAUAUUUGAAAAACAAGAAUCCUAGGGAUUGUGCAUUGCUAUAUAUUGCACUGAACCGAAUUCAAGUUUUGGCUGGCCUUUUCAAACUCAGUAAGGAUGAGAAAGACAAGCCUUUAGUGGCCUUUCUUUCACGUAAUUUUCAGGAUGAGAAAAAUAAAGCUGCUGCUUUGAAAAAUGCAUAUGUGUUGUUGGGAAAGCAUCAGGUGGAAUUAGCAAUCUCGUUUUUUUUGCUCGGAGGUGAUCAUUCGUCUGCUGUAAAUAUUUGUGCUAAGAACCUUGGGGAUGAACAACUUGCACUAGUUAUUUGUCGCCUUGUUGAGGGCCAUGGUGGACCAUUGGAGCGUCACUUAAUAACAAAGUAUAUACUUCCUUCUGCAAUUGAAAAGGGAGACUACUGGCUUGCAAGCCUUCUGGAGUGGGAAAUGGGUAAUUAUUAUCAAUCUUUUCAUAGAAUGCUAGAGUUUUCAAUAACUCUGGUGGCUCAGGAGUCCACUGUCAUGUCCAAUUGUGGUCCUUUUCUGGAUCCAAGUGUUGGUACUUUUUGCCAUAUGUUAGCAACAAAGAAUAGCCUCAGGAAUGCUGUCGGGGAGCAAAAUUCAGCGAUUCUUUUAAGAUGGGCUACUUUGAUGACAGUUACUUCCCUAAAACGAUGUGGCAAUGUUAUUGAGGCAUUGGAAUGUUUCUCAUCUUCAAUGAGCAUGCAUGGGACGGCAGAUCAAGGGAGCAAUUUGAAUGUCAGCCAUAAUGUGCUUUCCAGUCCAUUAAAGCCUUUGCCAAGAAAAUCUUCUAACUGGUUGUCCUCCGAUGUGUCUGUUCAUCUGGAGUUCCAUAAGAAAUUGAAUUUGGCACUACGCUACUUACUGAAAUUGAUAAGAGAGCAUCCAAGUUGGCUUGAGACUUUCACUGAACCUGUUGGGGAAGCUUCUUAUGAUGAUGAAUGUAUGAUACAAUAUGAGAAGUCAGUUGAAAGUUUUAAGCAAAAGUUAUGCACAGGGAUUUCUCUAUAUGAACGGAGGUUUUCGUUGCCUCCUAGGUCUCUUAUCAGUAAGAUUUUACUCAUUCUAUGCCAUCAUGGAUUAUUGUACAUUGGGUAUGAUAUCGCCGAUGGAUGCGCUCGAGGAGAACUAUCUCAAAAGAAGAGUGAUGUGUCUGAUGCUUUCAGUUUAUAUCGCUGUCGGGUUAAACCCUUCUUUAAGACUGUAGAAGAAAUCUCCUUUUUCUACUCAAGAUUCAUUUCUGCCUGCAGCAUGGGAUAUUCUGAACAAAGUUCAACUUCUAUUGAGAAAGUUGCAUCUACGGAGAGUCGAUCUAUGUUUUCUGAUGCUUCGAAGUCUCACUUUGGAGGUGUUCUGAUUUCAUUAUGGUAUUUAAGAGCCAUUUUCAAGAUCGAAUUGCGGUCCAUCAGCAUAGAUCAUGUCAAAGAACAUCUAGAUAUCCUUGAUUUAUUUGAGUACUUUUUACAGUUUUCCUUAGCUUGGCUUCAAAGAAACUCAGGAGCACUUUUAUUUAUGGUGGAACCAUUCUUGACUGCAAAUGCUAAUGGUUGUAAUCAUUAUGAGGCUGAUAUGGUGAAUCUGAAGAACCGUUUUCCUAAAUUUGCAGAGUUGUUGACUCGAAAUUCAUUCACAACAAAUGUACAAAACCUCCAAGUCUCUGAAUGUACAGAAGAUGGAAAAGUUGAUGACACGAAGCAUUCAAUUCCAGAAGAUGAAAGAUGGAAGAUUCUAGGGAUCUGCUUGUGGCGACAUAUGUCUAGAUUUAUGAUAUCUAAUUUAAAUUUGGUUCUUGAUAAACUUGAAGAUGGUAACAGUUCAGGUUCUUUCCACAGAAAUUUUGCUCAUAGGGAGUUCACGCUCUUAAGUGUUGAUUCCGAUAGCAUCAGCUUGCCUGAACAGAUUCGAUUACUCUCGUUUAGCUUAUGUGAUUUACUGACAACAACAGUUACCCACAUUUCUUCUUACCAUGUCAAGCAACUUGCAGAAUAUUUGUGGCAGAAAUUGGAGAAUAAUUCGAAUGUGAUGACUCUUGAAUGGCUGAAACAAUCACAUCAAUCAGAAUCCAGUCAAAAACAAAACCUGGACAUCUUGGAACUGGUGAAUGGGAAAGAUGAAUGUUCAGUUCAUCAGUUACUGUGGGACCACUGUGCCGAUCAAAAAUUAAUAUCAGAAUGCUUUGCUCAGGAAAAACUCAAUUGGUCAAAUUAUUUGGAUCAUGUGCCUACUAAAGGAUGGAACGACAUGCAUAUACUUCUGACAGGGCAACAUAAAACUGAUGACAUGCGUGAUAAAGAAUCUAAACUUGGCGUUCCAUUACAAACUCCUGAAGUUCAAUCUCCUGUUAAAGGAAUGUUCCCAAGUGGCAAUGCUUCGACAAGUUCCAACCAGAAAGAUAUAUCUAGUAGGAACAUUUCAAUUUUCCAUAAUCCCAGAGAAAUGUGCAAGAGAAAUGGGGAACUUUUGGAGGCAUUGUGUAUAAACUCUACUGAUCAACAGGAAGCUGCAGUUGCUAGCAACCGGAAGGGUAUAGUAUUCUUCCGUAUGGAAGAUGGGAUGCCUUCAAGUGAUAAGUCAUCGGACUUCUUGUGGGCCAAGGCUGAUUGGCCACAAGAUGGGUGGGCAGGUUCGGAAUCUACUCCUGCUCCUACAUGUGUUUCGCCUGGUGUUGGUCUUGGCAACAACAAAGGCGCACACCUUGGGCUCGGUGGAGCAACUGUUGGCGUAGGUUCUUCAGUUUGGCCUAGCAAAGACUUUACUGGUGGUGGAGCAUUAGGAGUUAAAGGUUUUGCUGGUAUUGGUGCCUAUGGAUUAGGUUGGGGAAUUCAACAAGAUUUUGAAGAUGUUGUUGAUCCACCUGCGACUAUGGAGAACGUAACUACGAAGGCUUUGUCUAGUCAUCCGAUGAGACCUUUCUUCUUGGUUGGCUCAAGCAAUACACACAUUUAUUUGUGGGAGUUCAAUAAGAACAAAGCUAUGGCUACAUAUGGAGUGCUACCCGCGGCCAAUGUCCCUCCACCUUAUGCCCUUGCAUCAAUAUCAGCUUUGAAGUUUGAUCACUUCGGACAUCGGUUCGCUAGUGCUGCAUUAGAUGGAACUGUCUGUACGUGGCAAUUGGAGGUAGGGGGAAGGAGCAAUGUUCAUCCAACAGAAUCAUCACUCUGCUUUAGCGGCCAUGCGUCGGAUGUCGCCUACUUGUCUUCAAGUGGAUCAAUUAUAGCUGUAGCUGGGUAUAGCUCUAAUGCUGUUAAUGUGGUUAUAUGGGACACUUUAGCUCCACCAACAACUUCCCGUGCUUCGAUUCUAUGUCAUGAAGGUGGUGCGCACUCCCUUUCUGUUUUCGAUAGCCAUGUAGGCGGUGGUUCUGUUUCCCCAAUUAUCGUGACUGGUGGUAAAGGUGGUGAUGUUGGUCUCCACGACUUCCGCUAUAUAGCGACUGGAAAGACAAAAAGGCACAGGCAUAUUGAUACUAUGGGGCAUAGCCCUACUGUGUCUUCGACUCAUGAUAAGGACCAGAAAACAGAUGGUAUGCUUUGGUAUAUUCCAAAGGCUCACUCAGGGACUGUUACAAAAGUCGUUACCAUCCCGAAUACAAGUUUGUUUCUAACUGGAGGCACAGAUGGAUAUGUCAAACUCUGGGAUGCUCAGAACACAAAGUUAGUACAUCAUUGGUCAAGGAUACAUGAUAAGCACACCUUCGUGCAGCCGAGUUCCCGUGGAUUUGGUGGUGUUGUUCGGGCUGCUGUUACGGAUAUACAAGUUGUUUCGCAAGGUUUCCUCUCGUGUGGUGGGGAUGGAACUGUGAAGUUGCUACGGCUCAGCGGUCACCUUGAUAGCCAUGGAGUCAAACUAUGAUGUUUGAUGAUCUACUCUCAUUCAAGCAUAACUUGCUGCAAAACUGCAAAGGUUUUCAUGAAAUGAGUGGUUGCGAUUGAUUUCCGGAUUGUUGAAGCAGCCAUCGAUUUUGAACAGGAUAGUUCAUCGCUACAUCCGCGUCCACGUCCACGUGUUGAAAAGGUCAGCAUAACUUCAUCUGCAUCCAGAAAUAACAGUCCUUUUGUCUUUUUUAAUCACCUUUUGAGAUGGUUAUUGUUCUGUGUGGGUUCAAUUUUCUAUUAGGUUCCAUUUGCAGGGUGCUUGAUUUUGAGAAGUGCAAUUAGUGUAAAGUUGUGUUAAAUAAAUCAUAGAAAAAUUUUAUUCAUAUACUCAAAUGCAAAUGUGAUCAGAGAUGAGAAAGACAUGCUUGCAUGUCUAGUUAGAGUAGGAAUUUAAUUUUGCUUAUUAAUAUUAAUGGUCAGUUUUAUUCAAUCAUAUAUUAUAUUAGUAAAUUGAAAUUGAGAUGUAUGUAAGUUAAUUGCGUAAAAUUAAGAUUUAAUGCAUUCUCCUGUAGUAUACAGCUUAUAGGUGUUAAGGUGUAUAGUACCUCAUUAUAAAGAGGGAUAAGAAU